UAAAUACAGUGGAAAAAAAGAGAAGCAGAAAAGCAGAAGACGCUACCCAGCUGCAUCUCUAUCCCCGCGCUCUCUCUCUCUCUCUCUCUCUCGCUCUCUCUCUCGGGAAAAUCACAGCCGAUGAUCUUCCAAAACGUGCUCAUCAACCGCUAUCUGAAUCUCCACGACGCUUCAUCUGAAACCUGAGCUCGUAUCUCACACACGCUCGAUUCUGUGACAAGAACCUCGCUCAGAUCCGACGUACUUAGGGUUUUAAGGCCAAACCUUCCGGUCCUCCAGGCUCAGCUUAGCAUUUCCAUAUCGAUUGCACGCACUUUACUGCUGAAAUGCUCGAUUUCUGCUAAAAGAGGGGGAUUUCUUGGUGGAGAUCGCUGGCGGAAGCUGCAGGUGUGGAUCUGGAGCUUCUCUGCCUUCAGAGCGGUGGAGCGGUUUUUUUUUGUUUUUUGUUUUUCUUUUUUCCACCAGGGCCUGCUCAGAUGCGCCGGUUUCUGCUAAAAUACGCGGGUUUCUAGGUCGGAGAUUGGCGUUGUAAGCUGUAGGAAAGGAUCUGGAGCUUCUUUAUGCUCUGAGGCAGAAAAUUUCAGCUGUGGAACGAUCUUUGCUGUUUUUUCAGUGGAAGAUUGGUUCGAGAAGCUGUUGAUCGAGGUUUUAGAGCUUUUCUUUCGGUCUUCAAAGCUGAGAUUUUGAACGGAAGAGAUCUGCUUCCGAUUUGCGCUUUUUCGUGUGGCGAUUUGAGGUUUUGAAAGCAGAGGUGCUGUGGAAGUUGAAGAUCUAGGGUUUCCAGUGCUCUUUCUCCAGAUUCGAUAUGAAAUGUGAUGUCUUUGAUCUGGAAGUCGUGGAUUGAUGCUUCCGAAGUUUGGGAUUAUAGGGUUGGGGGUGGAAAAUCUCUGGACUUGAUGAAGCUGAAAAGGAGCAUUUCUUGUAGUGGAACGGGUUUCGGAUGACAGUAUUUGGGGUGGGUUUCUGUUUUUAGUGGGGCUUCAUUGGUAAAAGGGCGUGGAAAGCAUUUGGUGGCGGCGGAAACAGCUUUCUCGAGAUUUAGAUUGAGUUGGCUAUAGGGCUAUAGUCUUUGUUUUUUUUUGGAGGAAAAGGUGAAAGAGACGGUUGGCUUUCGUGUGCGGCUUCAGCUUCUCUUGAAGUUUUCUGUUGUCAUCCGAGGAUAAUAUACUCGAAUUAGGAUUCUUGUUUUGCUCGAUUUUGUGCCUUUGUGCAAAGGUUCUUGUGGAGUCUGUACAGAUGAGGCUUUCUUCGUCUGGUUUCAGUCAUCAGCCGCAGGAAGGAGAAAAACGAUGUCUGAAUUCUGAGCUUUGGCAUGCAUGUGCUGGCCCUCUUGUGUCUUUGCCUGCUGUUGGAAGCCGAGUUGUUUACUUCCCACAAGGUCAUAGCGAGCAGGUAGCCGCAUCAACCAAUAAGGAAGUUGAUGCCCAUAUACCUAAUUACCCGAGCUUACCUCCUCAAUUGAUCUGUCAGCUUCACAAUGUUACUAUGCAUGCAGAUGUCGAGACAGAUGAAGUGUAUGCUCAAAUGACCUUGCAACCAUUGAGUCUGCAAGAGCAAAAGGAUCCCUACCUCCCUGCUGAGUUGGGUAACCCUAGCAAACAACCAACCAAUUACUUCUGUAAGACAUUGACUGCAAGUGACACCAGCACUCAUGGGGGAUUCUCUGUUCCUCGCCGGGCAGCUGAAAAAGUUUUUCCUCCAUUGGACUUCACUCAGCAGCCUCCUGCUCAAGAGUUGAUUGCAAGAGAUCUUCAUGACAACGAGUGGAAAUUCCGUCAUAUAUUUCGCGGUCAGCCCAAGCGACAUCUUCUCACAACUGGAUGGAGUGUAUUUGUAAGUGCAAAAAGGCUGGUUGCAGGUGAUUCAGUCCUUUUUAUCUGGAAUGAAAAGAAUCAGUUACUCUUGGGAAUCCGGCGUGCUAAUCGGCCGCAGACUGUCAUGCCUUCAUCGGUUUUAUCAAGCGAUAGCAUGCACAUUGGGCUCCUUGCUGCAGCAGCUCAUGCGGCUGCAACAAAUAGCCGUUUCACUAUCUUUUAUAACCCAAGGGCAAGCCCAUCUGAAUUUGUCAUACCCCUCGCGAAAUAUGUUAAAGCAGUCUACCACACACGUGUUUCUGUCGGCAUGCGCUUUCGGAUGCUGUUUGAGACAGAAGAAUCCAGUGUUCGUCGGUACAUGGGCACGAUAACUGGCAUUAGUGACUUAGAUCCUGUUCGAUGGCCAAACUCACACUGGCGCUCUGUGAAGGUUGGCUGGGAUGAAUCAACAGCAGGAGAGAGGCAGCCAAGAGUAUCCUUGUGGGAGAUCGAACCUUUAACAACAUUUCCAAUGUAUCCAUCCCCAUUUCCUCUCAGGCUGAAGCGACCGUGGCCGGCUGGACUACCAUCUCUGCAUGGUGGCAGGGAUGAUGAUCUUGGUUUGAAUUCUCCUCUCACGACAUGGCUCCGAGGAGAUGGUGACAGAGGGAUUCAAUCAUUGAAUUUCCAGGGUCUCGGAAUGACACCCUGGAUGCAACCAAGGCUCGAUGCUUCCCUAUUGGGUCUACAACCUGAUAUGUACCAAGCGAUGGCAGCUGCAGCGCUUCAGGAAAUGAGGAAUGUGGAUCCUUUGAAGCAGACAUGUUCACCUCUUCUGCAAUUCCAGCAACCGCACAACAUUCCUAACCGAACCGUUUCUCUAUUACAGAGUCAGAUUUUACAGCAAUCUCUUCCACAGUCAUCACAUGGUUUUGUUCACACUGUUCAUGGGAAUCAACCUCAGUUGCAGUCCCAGGCUCAUCUCAUUCAGCAGCAGUUGCAGCACCAUCACUCAUUCAAUGAACAACUGCAGCAGCAGCAGCAGCAUCAACAGCAGCAGCAGCGGCAACAACACCAGCUGCUGCAUCAGCAGCAGCAACAGCAGCAACAUCAGCAGCAGCAACAGCAGCAGCAGCAGCAACAUCAGCAGCAGCAACAGCAGCAACAGCAACAUCAGCAGCAACAGCAGCAGAACCAUCAUCAGCAGCAGCGGUUACCUGAUCAGCAGCAAAUCCCAAAUGUAGUCUCGGCCCUUUCUCAGCUUGCCUCAGCCUCUCAGUCCCAGACUCCAUCUUUGCAAGCUAUAUCUUCAUUGUGUCGGCAGCAGAACAUUCCAGACUCGAAUGGGAAUCCUGUUACUACAUCAGGCAUGUCUCCCCUGCACAGCAUUUUGGGCUCAUUCGCCUCCAAUGAUACAUCCCAUCUUCUUAACCUUCCAAGAACCAAUCCAGUAAUCCCUACUGCUGCCUGGUUGCCCAAGCAAGUUUCAUUGGAAUCUAUACUCCCUUCUGGAGCCCAAUGUGUUCUGCCCCAAGUGGAUCAGAUGGGCCCACCACAGCCAAAUGUCUCUCAACAUUCCUUAUCAUUGCCACCAUUUCCUGGGAGAGAGUGUUUGGAGCAAGAAGGCAGUACGGACCCCCAGAACCAUCUUCUAUUUGGGGUGAAUAUAGACUCCUCGUCGCUCUUAAUGCAGAGUAGCAUGCCAAGUCUGAGAGGUGUUGUCAGUGAGACUGACUCAACGACCAUGUCUUAUAUCACUUCCAGUUAUCUGAGUGCCACAGGAACCGGUUUCCAACAAAAUCCAGCAGUAACGACUUCAAGCUGCUUAGAUGAAUCAGGUUUUUUGCAGUCAUCAGAUAAUUUGGGCCAAGUGAACCCCCCAACCAGAACCUUUGUGAAGGUUCACAAGGCAGGGUCCUUUGGGAGGUCACUAGAUAUAACCAGGUUCAGCAGCUACCAGGAACUACGCAGUGAGCUCGCACAUAUGUUUGGCCUUGAAGGCCAGUUGGAGGACCCUCUGAGAUCAGGCUGGCAGCUUGUAUUCAUCGACCGGGAGAAUGAUAUUCUUCUCCUAGGGGACGACCCUUGGCAGGAAUUUGUGAACAAUGUCUGGUGUAUUAAAAUCCUCUCGCCGCAAGAAGUGCAGCAGAUGGGGAAGCAAGACCUCGAGCUUCUGAACUCAGUCCCAAUCCAGAGGCUCUCGAGCAGCAGCUGUGAUGAUUAUGUGGGCCGGCAGGACUCGAGAAACUCGAGCACUGGGAUCACAUCCGUGGGGUCGUUGGACUACUGAAGAAAUGCCAAAGCUCGGGAUUAGUGGUCCCACUGGCAACGUCUUCUGUAAUAUUAGCUUCCUUGGCUAUGAAGGAGAAAUGGAGAUCAUCAAGAGAGUAAAUCUGCUUAAGCUAAAAGAAGAUUUCUGUAUUAUAAUAUGAUAUCCGCAUAUAACAACAAUCGGUAUACACAUACAACACGCAUGCACACAUCUAUUUAGGAGACUGAAUGUUGUGAAGAUAGCAUUAGUUUGUUUUUGUUGUUGUUGUUCGUUUAAAUUAUGAUCUUGAAAUGUAUUAUGAACUGAUGAGGUUUCACUGCUUAAUAACAUUUUAGAUUCAUGUAGAA